CUGUAUAAAACUAAAAUGCGAGGGAGAUUGGAAAGUUGGAGAUCGAUCACUAGCCGGAGAUCAUGACAGACGCCGGAAUAUAUGUCGAUUCAGGUAGCCUAUCUCGGAAAGUAAUUGCAAUUGCUGCCGGAGAAGCUCAUACGCUCGCUCUCACCGGUGAUGGGAGUGUGUAUUCAUGGGGAAGAGGAACUUUCGGCCGCCUUGGCUCCGGUUCGGAGCUCGAUCGCCUUUUUCCGGCCAAAAUUGAAUUUAAUUCCACAGAAAAGGUCAAAAUCGUCCAAGUAUCAGCCGGUUCUUACCACAGUCUCGCUCUUUCUGAUGAUGGUUCAGUUUGGAGCUGGGGUCACAAUACCUAUGGUCAACUCGGGGUCAAUGGAGAGAACUCCUUAGUUCCAUCUCUGGUACAGGUCUUCAAUGAGCUACACCCUCCCAGUUCCUUGACAGAUGAACUAAUAACAAAAACUGAAUCACGACUUCAGAUUUCUUCCAUAAAAGCUGGAGGAAUGAUGUCACUUGCCAUAGACAAUCUUGGAUCCCUCUGGAUGUGGGGAAACUGUCCUCCACAAGAUAGUUUAACAGAAGGUGAAUUCUCUCUUGUCCCUACAUACACUCCAAUACCCGUUUGGAACUUCCAUGGUCAAACUGUGGUCAAAGUAGCAUGUGGAAAUGAACACAUUGUAGCAUUAGUUAGCACUGGAGAAACAUAUAAAGGUGAUGACAAUCUUGUUUGCUAUACAUGGGGCAACAACAAUCACGGGCAGCUAGGGUUAGGAGACACAGAGAUUCGAACAACUCCUCAAAUCAUUAAAACAUUCAAUCAAGAAUCAUCUUACACACCAUAUGAAGUAGCUUGUGGAGCCUUUCACACUUCUAUACUCUCAAAAACAGAUGGCGACAUGUUAAGAAGUGUAUGCUGGAGUUUUGGACUUGGGGAUCACGGGCAGCUCGGGCAGCCCGGGCAGGGCACCAUUAAGGAUUCUUUAUACCCUGAAAUCGUUGAAGGGAUACCUGAAAAUGUAUGGUUGGUAUCAGUGGAUUGUGGGUUGUUUCAUACAAGUGUUGUUUCAUCAGAGGGGUAUGUUUGGUCAUUUGGAAAGGGAAAUGGACUAGGCCUUACAGAAAGUGAUGGUGGAGAUGCGGUUACUCCACGUUUGAUACCAUGUAAUGGACUAAAAUACCCUUGCUUUCAAGAUCCUUUACAAGUAGCUUGUGGGGCUGCACAUACUGUUCUUCUUGCAGAUAAUGGAUAUAAGCUUUGGUCAUGGGGGAGAGGGAGAAGUGGGGUUCUUGGAAGUGGUCAAGUAAAUGACUUUUUUGCCCCCAAUCUUGUGUUAUGGCCACCACUAGAAGAAGAUUUUAAGGAAAGUGAGAAAUUAGAUGAAAAAGAUUCGUUUGAGAUCAUAAAGAUGAAAAAGGAACUAAAUGUUGCAAUGAAAGAGAUAGAUUUGUUACAUUCUAAGCUUUCUACAAUGGAGCAUUAUGCGAGCAUACUUCAUGGUAUGAUUUUUGGGAAGCCUUUUGAAGAGGAGAAAGAUAUAUUGUUGUCUUUAAAGAGUUCAUAUGAUGUUGGUAAAGAGUGGGAGAAUAUGUUGGAGAGUUGUGAUUAUGGAAAGCUUGUAAGACUUGAAAUGUUUUAUUGUAAGAUGCUUGCAAGUGUGAAAGAUAAGAUGAUGAAUGUAAAGAUUAAGGAGAUGAUCAAAGAGUGUCUUGAAUCUUCAACAAGUGUGUAUCAUUAAAGUGUCUUAAUCUAGUAUUUUGUAUGAUAUAUGAGUAAUUUGAUGAUGUUUUAAAGGUCCUAAUUAAGUAGCAAAUUUAAAGAUUGGAUUAAAGAUUCUUGAGUUGUAAGUAUUAGGUGUGUAAAGAUAUGUACUUGUGUAUGGCAGUUAUUUGUAUGAUUAAUAAAGAUGAGAAUUUUGUAUA